AUUAUCAGCCGCCUUUGCUGGUCCAGCCGCCGCCUCCAUCUCCCGCAGCAUCUUCUUCAGCGGGUCCACAGCCGACACCCCCUCCUCCACAAAGCCUGAACCUCCUCUCGCAGUCUCAGCUCCAGCCACAGCCUCUUGCACAGACUGGAGCUCAAAUGAAAAAGAAAAGUGGCUUCCAAAUUACCAGUGUGACCCCUGCUCAAAUAUCAGCUAGUAUGAGCUCUAAUAACAGCAUAGCCGAGGAUACGGAAAGCUAUGAUGACCUGGAUGAGUCUCACACUGAAGACCUCUCGUCUUCAGAGAUCUUGGAUGUUUCUUUAUCCAGGGCCACUGACUUGGGAGAACCUGAGAGGAGCUCCUCUGAAGAGACUCUGAAUAACUUCCAAGAGGCAGAGACUCCUGGGGCUGUUUCUCCAAACCAGCCUCAUCUUCCUCAGCAGCAUACUCCUCUGCCUCAUCACCCACAGCAGAGUGUUGUGAUCAAUGGAAGUGUUCACCCCCAUCACGUUCAUCAUCACCACCAUCUUCACCACCACCAUCAUGGACACCAUCAUCCAUCGCACCCUGGGGUGGGUAGUGCCCCAGUUUCUGGAGGACCACCGCCCAGUCCAUCAUUUAGAAAACUAUCAACAACUGGAAGCUCUGACAAUGUUAUAUCAACUGCACCAGUUUCUGCUGCAUCAUCCACUGGUUCCCCGGCAUCUGCCGUGUCUAAUAUCCGCACUACGAGUACUCCUGGCAAUUUAGGUGUAAGUCCUGCUACUGGAUCUAGUACCUUAAAUAAUAUGAGUGGUGGUAGUUCUAGUGUGGCAAGCAACGUGCUUGGUACUAUAAAUUUAAGCAACAUCACGAGUACUGGUAAUGUAAAUGCUUUGUCUGGAACUAGCAGCAGUGUUAAUGUGAAUAUCUUGAGUGGUGUUGGCAAUGGUACGAGUGCUUCCUCUAGUGUCAUUAACAAUGUUACUAAUCCAACUGCAGGAAUGGCAGUGGGAUCAGGCCAGCAGCAGCAGCAGCAGCCUACAUCUGGCACAUCAAGGUUUAGGGUUGUAAAAUUAGAUUCUAGUUCUGAACCUUUCAAAAAAGGUAGAUGGACAUGCACUGAAUUCUAUGAUAAAGAAAACACUGUUGCAGUUUCAGAAGGAGUAGCAGUAAACAAAGCAGUAGAGACAAUAAAACAAAACCCGCUUGAAGUGACUUCUGAAAGGGAGAGCACCAGUGGGAGUUCUGUUAGCAGCAAUGUAAGCACACUGAGUCACUAUACAGAAAGUGUGGGAAGUGGAGAAAUGGGAGCACCUACUGUGGUACAGCAGCAAGCGUUUCAAGGUGUGGGUCCACAGCAGAUGGAUUUUACCAGCGCUGCUCCUCCAGCAAUUCCAGCAUCUAGUAUACCACAGAGUGUUUCUCAAUCACAGCUUGCACAAGUCCAGCUGCAUUCUCAAGAAGUAAACUAUCCACAGCAGAAGCCAGGGGUCCAGCCUCCUGCACAGGCCAGUCUAACCACUGUGACUGGGGUUCAGCCAGCCCCAGUUAAUAUACUAGGUGUAUCCCCAUCUCUGGGCCACCAGCAACCUGCCAUUCAAAGUAUGGCUCAACAGCAGCUGCCGUAUUCUCAGCCAGCACAGCCCGUGCAGACUUUGCCAGUGGUGCAGCAGCAGCAGUUGCAGUAUGGACAGCAGCAGCAACAGCAGCAGCCAGUUCCUACGCAGAUGGCCGCGGGUCACGUUAAGCCGGUGAACCAAAACUCCGUUGCAGGGGCCAUGCCAGACUACAUUCAACAUCAGCAGAUCCUUCAGACUCCAGCCCCAGCCAUGCAGCCAAGUUCUGCUGGGGUAGGAGCUGGGCAGCCGGUUCCUGUUGCCCAGGCACAGGGCAUGCAGCCUUCAGUGCAAGCACUUCCAGCCGCUGCCCCAGCUCAGCCUGUUGCACAUGCUCCAGCAGCAAUACCAGGUGUAGCUGCCAGUGGUCAGAUGCUGAACGUUGGGCAGCAGGGAAGCGUAGCUGCUGUGGUGCAACCACCGUCUGCUGCAAACCAAAUUCCACCUCCAGUUAUGCCGUCAACGGCUGCUCCUCCAUCUUCCCAAGUAGUGCAGCCUGUGCAGACAGGAAUAAUGCAGCAGGGAUUACAGCCUAGUGCUUCAGGCCUUCCUCAGCAAAUGGUCAUUGCUCAGCAAAACACCUUGUUACCUGUUCAGCCGCAGGCACAAGGAGUGGAGUCUGUAGUCCAAGGAAUGACUGGCCAGCAGCUGUCUGCGGUUAGCCCUAUACCUUCUGCUAGUACUGUUCCUGCACCAAGUCAAGCUGGUUCAGCUGUGCCUCCUGGCAUACCUUCUGCUUCUGUAGGCUUGGGACAGCCACAGAACAUAGCACAGGCUUCGGCUGUGCAGAAUGGCAAUUUGGCUCAAAGUGUUAGCCAGCCUCCUUUGAUAUCAACAAGUAUAGGUAUGCCAGUGGCACAGAGUGUGCCACAGCAGAUACCACUAAGCUCUACCCAAUUCCCUGCACAAUCGUUAGCUCAGUCAAUUGUAAGCCAAAUUGAAGAUGGCAGACGCCCUACAGAACCUUCCUUGGUGGGUUUACCUCAAGCUGCCGGUGUCGAGAGUGGUGUUGGAGCAUCAGCUGUUUCAGAUGGUGGUAGCAGCAACAUCCCAUCCUCUGCAUCCCUCUUCCCACUGAAGGUGCUGCCAUUGACAACGCCUCUCGUAGAUGGUGAGGAUGAGAGGUAA